AUGGAUGGCACGUGUGAAGAGAACUCGGCAGAGCAUGGGAGCGACCAGGAGGAUUCUGACUCCGCGGAGGCCCCAGUCCGGAUCCGGGACACCCCGGAAGACAUCGUGCUGGAAGCCCCAGCCAGCGGUCUGGCUUUCCAUCCGGCCCGCGACUUGCUGGCGGCGGGGGACGUGGAUGGGGACGUGUUCGUCUUUUCUUACUCCUGCCAAGAGGGAGAAACCAAGGAGCUCUGGUCCUCGGGCCACCACCUCAAGUCUUGCCGGGCUGUGGCCUUCUCUGAAGAUGGACAGAAACUUGUGACUGUCUCCAAGGACAAAGCCAUCCACAUUCUAGAUGUGGAGCAGGGGCAAUUGGAAAGACGCAUUUCUAAGGCUCAUGGAGCCCCUAUCAACAGUCUGCUGCUGGUGGAUGAGAAUGUUCUGGCCACUGGGGAUGACACAGGUGGCGUCCGGCUCUGGGACCAGCGGAGGGAGGGCCCCUUAAUGGAUAUGCGACAGCAUGAGGAGUACAUCGCCGACCUGACUGUGGGCCCAGCUAAGAAGCUGCUGCUGACAGCCAGUGGGGACGGCUGCCUUGGCGUUUUCAACAUCAAGAGGCGUCGGUUUGAGCUGCUGUCAGAGCCUCAGUCUGGGGAUCUGACCUCUGUAACGCUCAUGAAGUGUGGGAAGAAGGUGGCUUGUGGCUCCAGUGAAGGUACCAUCUACCUUUUCAACUGGAAUGGCUUUGGGGCCACAAGUGACCGCUUUGCCCUGAGAGCCGAGUCCAUCGAUUGCAUGGUUCCGGUCACUGAGAAUCUGCUGUGCACUGGCUCCACUGACGGAGUCAUCAGGGCUGUGAACAUCCUGCCGAACCGAGUGGUGGGCAGUGUGGGCCAGCAUGCUGGGGAGCCCGUGGAAGAGCUGGCCCUCUCCCACUGUGGCCGCUUCCUGGCGAGCAGUGGCCACGACCAGCGCCUCAAGUUCUGGGACAUGACCCAGUUGCGGACUAUGGUGGUAGAUGACUACCGUCGGCGUAAGAAAAAGGGAGGGCCGCUGCGGGCCCUAAGCAGCAAGGCAUGGAGCACUGAUGACUUCUUUGCAGGGCUGAGGGAGCUGGAAGACUCUAUGACACAUGGGGAAGAGGACAGUGAGGACGACAGUGACUGA